ACAGAAAGAAUUCUGCUGCUUGGUCUGUUUUGUGCCACAUUCUGUUCUCAUUAUUUCAGAAGAAGUAAAGUCAGAGGGGUUUCACUCCAAAACCUUUAUGAAGGAGUUUCCAGGUUUCACAUCUCCAGGGAACAGCUGAUCUUACAGUGCCUCUUAUGGGAAACAUGUCCUAGCAGGUGACUGAUUCCUUAGAUGUACACCUGAUUCCUUCUCCUCAUCAUCUGAUAAAACAUCAUUUAUCAUGAGGACAUUUCUUAAAUCCUGGAUUCCUCAGUGUUUGUGGAUUCUCAGGUCACCUUCCAGAACAUUUCAUGGAAACAACCGGCUUCUUACAUCUUCCAUAGCUUCCCAUUUUGAAUCUAUAAUCCAGGGUGAAAAGGAAGUGCCAGAAUAUUUCAACUUUGCAAGUGAUGUCUUAGAUAAGUGGACACAACUGGAAAAGGCGGGAAAAAAACCAGCAAAUCCAGCUUUUUGGUGGGUCAAUGAUAAGGGAGAGGAGGUGAAGUGGAGCUUUGAGGAAUUGGGCUCUCUGUCCAAGAAGGCAGCCAAUGUCCUUUCUGAGGCCUGUGGUUUGGGGAGAGGAGACAGAAUUGUGGCAAUUCUGCCUCGUGUUCCUGAGUGGUGGCUCCUGAACGUGGCCUGCAUGCGAACAGGAAUUGUCUUUUUUCCAGGAACAACCCAACUAACUGCCAAAGACAUCUUAUACCGACUCCAGACUUCAAAGGCCAAGUGCAUUGUUACCGAUGAUGCCGUGGCACCUACAGUGGAAUCUGUCCUGUCUGACACCCAGUUCCUGAAAACCAAACUCAUUGUAGGCCAGGGGAGCAGGGAUGGGUGGCUGAACUUCAAAGAACUCCUUGCGGCUGCAUCUGCUGAACAUAUAUGUACGAAGACGAGGAGUAACGACCCAAUGAUUGUGUAUUUUACCAGCGGAACUACAGGCUUCCCAAAAAUGGUGCUGCAUUCCUACUGCAGUUUCGGCAUUGGAUUUGUAACCACUGGCAGGCGUUGGCUGGGCUUGGGUCCUUCAGAUAUAAUGUGGAAUACCUCUGAUACUGGCUGGGUAAAAUCAGCCUACUGUAGUGUUUUUUCACCAUGGAUCUGUGGAGCCUGUGUCUUUAUACACCAUAUGCCAGUGUUUCAACCAGAAAUUAUUGGAACUACUCUCUCAAAAUAUCCCAUCACCACCUUCUGCACGGCUCCCACCGGGUACCGCAUGCUGGUCCAACAUGACAUGAGCAGGUACAAGUUCCAAAGUGUGAAGCACUGUCUAACUGCAGGUGAACCUCUCAAUCCUGAAGUGUUUUCCCAGUGGAAAGCCCAGACAGAUUUGGAUAUCUAUGAAGGAUAUGGCCAGAGUGAAACAGUGGCACUCUGUGCCAAUGUAAAAGGAAUGAAAAUUAAACCUGGCUCUUUGGGAAAACCUGUUCCCCCUUUUGAUGUGCAGAUCGUAGAUGAGCAAGGGGCUGUGGUGCCUCAGGGAGAAGAGGGCACCAUUGCUGUCCGGGUGAAGCCCAAACGGCCCUUCUGUCUGUUCUCCGAGUACUUGGAUAAUCCAGAGAAAACUGCUGCCACUCUGUGUGGAGAUUUUUAUCUCACUGGAGACAGAGGCUUUAUGGAUGAAGAGGGAUAUAUCUGGUUUGUUGGAAGAGCUGAUGAUAUCAUUAUCUCUGCUGGGUACCGCAUUGGCCCCUUUGAGGUGGAGAGUGCAUUGAUAGAGCACCCAGCAGUGGUGGAGGCGGCUGUGGUCAGCAGUCCCGACCCAGUGCGAGGGGAGGUGGUCAAAGCUUUUGUUGUUUUAGCUCCUGCUUAUGAAUCACAUGAUCAAAAAAAAUUAGCUGAUGAGCUUCAACAACAUGUCAAGAAGGUGACUGCACCAUACAAGUAUCCAAGGAAAGUGGAGUUUGUUAAGGAGUUGCCAAAGACAGUCACUGGGAAAAUCCAGAGAAAUGUUCUAAGGAGCAAAGAGUGGGGAAAAGCAUAA